CCUUGGAUUUUUUCGCUUGGUCUUGGAGGUUAAUUGAAAAAAACGUAUUGUGGGAAAAAACUCUUGCCGAAUCCAUAGAGAACCCAAAAACUAUUAAACAUGGCAGGCGGCAACACCCCGCGUGUGAUCCAGGUGACCAAUAUUGCGCCGCAGGCCACCAAGGACCAGAUGCAAACACUGUUUGGCAACAUUGGAAAAAUCGAGGAGAUCCGUCUGUACCCCACCAUCCGAGAUGUCUCUUGUCCAGUGCAGUCCCGCAUCUGCUACGUCAAGUACACGGAUACGAGCAGCGUGCCGGUGGCUCAGCACUUGACGAAUACGGUGUUUAUCGACCGGGCUUUGAUUGUCAUCCCCGUGUUAGCCAUACCUGAAGAGUACCGGGCUCUGGAGAUGCUCAAAAACGGCACCAUCGUGCCGGGACUUCAGAAGCCGGACUCAAAACUGCCUCCGGAAGUAAUCAAUCGCAUCGAAGGACAACUGCCGCAGCAAGUGAUUAAAACCUACGACCCCAAGCUUGUUGAGUUCAACCUGCCGGAAUACCCGGCACUGCCAUCCUUUUACGAUGCCCGCAAGAUUGAGGAAAUUCGACGGACAAUUAUCGUCUGCGAUGUGAAGAACGAGUGGCGAUUGGAUGACCUGAUGGAAUGCUUCCAGCGAGCAGGAGAAGUGAAGUAUGCCCGCUGGGCAGAGAAGGACAACAAGACGUACUGCAUGAUAGAGUUCUGCGAGCAAACCAGCAUUAUCCACGCCCUGCGCAUGCAGGGACAGGAGUUUAAAGGCGGCCACCUGAACGUCUACCACUCUACAUACUCUAUAACUAAGCCGGAGGCCAAGUCCAAUGAGGCGGCGCAGGCAGAGAUUGAGGAGGCGAUGACCAUUGUUAAGGAAGCUCAGAGCAUGAUUUCGGCUGCCAUAGACCCUGUGAUUGGCAUGUUGGCCAAGGACAAGCGACGAAGGUCGAGAUCACGGUCUCGUUCCCGAGAACGUCGCACUAGUCGCUCCCGCUCACACCGCUCUUCCUCGAGGCGGCGGUCAAGGCGAUCCGGUUCCAGGGAGCGUCGCAGCGUGUCCCGAUCCCGCCGCUCUCGCUCUCGUGGCAAGCACUCAUCCCGAUCCCGCAGUAAGCGCUCCAGAUCCCGCCAUCGCCGCAGCACUUCCCGCUCGCGACGGUCGCGGUCCCGCGGCGGUAAACACUCGCGAUCCUCCAGGUCGCGCGGCAAGCGUUCCAGGUCCCGCCAUCGCCGCAGCACCUCACGUUCGCGACGCUCUCGCUCCCAUGGAGCUGGAGGCGGAGGAAGUGGAAGCGGUAAACGGUCCAGGUCUCGGGAGCGCAGCAAAAAGUCACACCGCAGCGAGAAGCACGCGUCUCGUUCACCGCGCUUCAGAAGCAAGCGGAGCUCCCUCUCUCCGCCGCUGGCCAUCAGCAGCAUAAAGUCACGCUCCAGUCGUAGCAAGGAUCCUAUUGUCGUAUCCUCCAAGCUAUCCUCUUCAUCUCGUCGGCGGGAACGAUCCCGUACGCCGGAAACGAGGAAACUUAAAUCCAUUUCCGAGGACAUGGAAGCCAAGAACUCACGCUCCAGUGCCGAUUCCAAGUCGCGCAAGUCGGUUAGCGUUGAGAAGUCGGACAACAUGGACAUUUCUAACUCCCCCUAGAUAUAGAUAAACGGCACACUAUCUCUUAAUAAAUACAGAAACCCUGUCUCCAUUUAAACUCGAUACCAAUGUCAUUAAAUUUUGUAUUCCUCUGAAACUCUGCCCUAGUUACCAAGCAUAAAGUCCAAUUAAAGUAUCUGCAUUUGCAUAUGCAUCCCGUAAUCCAAAUAA